UCUUUACAAGAAAAUGGAGAACAAAGCUCAAACAUAACUCCAAAAGAGUAUAAAGUUCAUCGAUAUGUUUUAUCUCAGCAAUCAGAUUAUUUCAAAGUACUAUUUGAGUCUUCUCGAAAUUUCAUUGAACACAAAGAAAAUGCUGUUGUGAUUCGGUUAAAAGAUCCUUUCAACGUCUUUCCACACAUCCUUCACUUGUCUUUUAUUUCCGCUCAAGAAAUAUAUACAUUAUAUUUAGAUGCUAUAGAGAAUGAAUUUGAAGAGGUAAUACCAGAUUGGCUGUUGGCUAUUGCAUUCGAUGAACUUUGGGAAAUCGAUAAUGAUGUGAUGAGCUCUGUAAGAUUAGAUCGUGUGCUAAAAUGCGAUUGUGUUAAAUUAAAAAAUGAGGAUCAAAAAUUUUCAGUUAUUAGAAAGAUUGUAGCAGAUUUCUGUGGUACUGAAGAAUAUGAUGAAACAUUUGAAGAAAAGUGGAAUAAAAUGGCAUUAAAAGUUGCAAUGCCUUUUCCUGAUAUAUUAGAAGAAUCUGAAGAGUCCAGCGAAGAAA